AUGGCAUCCUUUUCUUUUCGGUCUGAGGCGACGGCGCUGGCUCUGCUGGCAGAUCUGCUUGGGGAGCUUGAUGCGUUUCCCAGGGCAUCUUCUGUUUCGCAGCUUCGGCUGGGGUUUCCGGGGCAGGGGCAGUCGGAGCUCCCAUCUCCCAGGGGAGCGGCUGGGUCGACUUUGAUGUUUCCGCUGAGCCCGCCGAGGGAGCGCUACUUUCCCAAGGCAUCCGCUGGGGUGCUCCAUCCUGGGUAUCCAUGCUUCGACUGUACACAACAUCAAGAAGCCGCGGAGCUUUGA